CUGAGAGCUUACUACGCAGCCAUUCAGUCAGACUGUCGACUGAACCGGGAGGACCAGGACCGAACAUCCCAAGAACCAGAGCAUCCCGUCGUCAGCUUCCCCUGUUUAUCCGCGAGACACCCCACACACUGCAUCGACAAUAUGCGUGAGAUCGUGCAUCUGCAAGCCGGGCAGUGCGGGAACCAGAUUGGAGCAAAGUUCUGGGAGGUGAUCAGUGAUGAGCACGGCAUCGACCCAACAGGAACUUACCAUGGAGACAGUGACCUGCAGCUGGACAGAAUCAAUGUCUACUAUAAUGAGGCUUCAGGUGGAAAGUAUGUGCCGAGGGCCAUCUUGGUGGAUCUGGAGCCAGGCACCAUGGACUCUGUCCGCUCCGGUCCCUUUGGACAGAUCUUCAGACCCGACAACUUUGUCUUUGGCCAGAGUGGAGCCGGUAACAAUUGGGCUAAGGGCCACUACACAGAGGGAGCCGAGCUGGUGGACUCAGUCAUGGACGUGGUGAGGAAGGAGGCUGAGAGCUGCGACUGCCUGCAGGGUUUCCAGCUUACACACUCCCUGGGCGGUGGUACCGGCUCUGGUAUGGGAACUCUGCUCAUCAGCAAGAUCCGUGAGGAGUACCCCGAUCGUAUCAUGAACACGUUCAGUGUGGUGCCCUCUCCUAAGGUGUCAGACACAGUGGUGGAGCCCUACAAUGCCACCCUGUCUGUCCAUCAGCUGGUUGAGAACACAGACGAGACUUACUGCAUCGACAACGAGGCCUUGUAUGACAUCUGCUUCCGCACCCUCAAACUGACCACACCCACUUAUGGAGACCUCAACCACCUGGUCUCUGCAACCAUGAGCGGGGUGACGACCUCGCUCCGGUUCCCCGGGCAGCUCAACGCAGAUCUCCGCAAGCUGGCCGUCAACAUGGUGCCUUUCCCCAGGCUGCACUUCUUCAUGCCGGGGUUCGCUCCUCUGACGGCGCGGGGCAGCCAGCAGUACCGCGCGCUCACUGUCCCCGAGCUCACCCAGCAGAUGUUUGACGCCAGAAACAUGAUGGCGGCCUGCGACCCUCGCCACGGACGCUACCUGACCGUCGCCGCCGUCUUCCGCGGGCCCAUGUCCAUGAAGGAGGUGGACGAGCAGAUGCUGAACAUCCAGAACAAGAACAGCAGCUACUUCGUGGAGUGGAUCCCCAACAACGUGAAGGUGGCCGUCUGCGACAUCGCGCCCCGGGGGCUCAAGAUGGCCGCCACCUUCAUCGGCAACAGCACGGCCAUCCAGGAGAUCUUCAAGCGCAUCUCGGAGCAGUUCUCCGCCAUGUUCCGCCGGAAGGCCUUCCUGCACUGGUUCACGGGCGAGGGCAUGGACGAGAUGGAGUUCACAGAGGCGGAGAGCAACAUGAACGACUUGGUGUCCGAGUACCAGCAGUACCAGGACGCCACGGCUGAGGAAGGAGAGUUUGAGGAGGAGGGAGAAGAGGAAGUGGCCUAAGGCUAAAAUCAUCCAUCUUCUUUCUCAAGUGCAGUCGUAAUAACUCCGUCCAACCACUUAUUUUACUCCUACUACUCUGACUGAUUCACACUGCUCUCUGUUCUCUUAUCCCCGUAAUUGUUAUGUUUCAUUUUCUCUCUGCCUCUCCUUUCUUUCAGAGUAGGAUUCACCACACUAAAUUGACUCUCCAGCCUCGUUGCUCAUAUAGAGCUAGCUAACACAGCUGUGCUUGUGGUAUUUUGUCCGUAGCUUUCUGUUUAUGCUCAGUUAUCACCAUCAGUCAAACAGUACCUGGGCCAAGUAUUCAAUAAAACUGUUAUCCCUUUGUG